AUGGCGUUUUCGUUCGGUAAACCGCCGUCUAGUACGCCCUCUUUUGGCGCGACGCCGUUGUUUGGUGCGCAGAGCACGGGCGCGGCUACAGCGCCACAACAGACUACGUCCAGCACAUCGCUCUUCGGUCAGAAGCCUGCAGGUCAAGGUCUGUUUGGAGCUGCGCCUCCGUCAGGUGCUAAUAAUUCAUUCGGCUCGAUGCCGCCAUCAAACCCCACGAACACCUUGGGAACCCAGCAGAGUGGUUUGUUUGGUGGGAAGGCGCCAGGCUCUGGCGGUACUUCCGGCGGUCUUUUUGGUUCGCAGCCGCCGUCGAAUGGUGGGCUGUCGCAGAAUCAGCCUCAGCAGGGUGGUCUCUUUGGGUCGCAGCCUCAGCCUCAGCAGGGCUCUGGCACCUUUGGUUCGCAGCCUCCGCAGGGUGGUUUGUUUGGAUCGCAGCCUCAGCAAGGCUCUGGCACCUUUGGUUCGCAGCCUCCGCAGGGUGGUUUGUUUGGAUCGCAACCUCAGCAGAGUGGCUUGUUUGGAUCGCAGCCUCAGCAGGGUAGUCUUUUCGGACAGCCAGCCAAGCCUGCUGCACAGCCGACAUCUGCCCCACAGGCAACGCCCGCCGUGCAAGAUAAAAAAUUUGGCGCGCCGCUGCACACACAGCUGGAGCGCAUUGCUUCCAGCUGGGACACGUCCAACUUAAGCACUUGUCAGUUUCAGUACUACUUAUACAAUCGAGCGCCGGAUGCGCAGAGUCUAAGCCAGUUGUGCGUGCGUCGCCCUGAUGCUGUGGGCCCAAUGCACGAUGCUUUGUGGAAUAAAGCGCUACAAGAGAACCCAGAGCCAGACCGUCUAUACCCUGUUCUUGCGGUCGGCUUUGGCGACUUACAAAUACGUUCGAAUGCGCAGGCGACUGAAGCAGCACGCCAGACAAACAAGGCCGCUGAACUCACGAAAAAGCUCGCUGAGCUACGUCAAAAGCACGAUUUGGCGAAUGUCGUGCGUGCGCAGUCGGCCAUGAUGAUGCAGACGCGCAUUCGACAGCGUCUUUUGUCGCUCACGAAGGAUGCAGGUGUCAUGAUUCCUGCCUUGCGUGGACAGAGUCUCACAGCCAGCGAAGAUGCUGUCAAGGCAGCCCUGGAGAAUUGUGAUGCGCAGCUGAAUGGUGCGCUGCCCCAUUAUGCAUCCAACACGACGCCUGAGCAUGCGCGUUUGCGUGCGCAGCUGAAUGAGCUGUGGGCGCAGCUCAGUAUCGUCCGUGCUAAGCGCGAGGCAGCCCAAGCACAGGGCCGUGUGAAUGGUGGCACCGAAUGGGUCGUGGUCGAUGAGUCGUCGUUUGACGAAAUUACGCAGAUCCUGGGCUUACUGCAGCAGGGGUUGGUGCACUUGUCGAACACGCUUAUGAGUGAUAGCAAAGCCCUAGACACGGUGUGCGAGGGUCUCAAAGGCGUGCCUCUGGUCGGUGUGCGGCACACGUAG